AUGUCAUCAGAAAUAUCGAGAAUUCGCUGCUUUUGCCAAUUUCAUGUAAGCGUAGUCGUUUUCUUAUUUUUGCUUUUUUGCAGAGCAUUGUUCACAUUUUCGAAACGUUCAAAUUUUUUACAAAAAAAAAGGAAAAAUAUGAGUAAUGUACAAUUAUCACCAAGUCCAAUUACUAUCAAUCAAAACUAUGACUAUCGCAUUUUUCGAAAAGUUGAAGCAGCCCGUCUUCUCAUUGGCGAUAAGCUGGGAAUUCGUCAACUCCUGGUGAACACAAAUGUUUCAGUGAAAAUUAUAGCAGAAGAUGAAGCCAAGCAGUUGAGUGUUGACUAUGAUGCACAUAAGGAAAUCCGUAACAACAAGACAGUUGGCACAAUUUCCAAUGAUUUCGAGAAGCUCACAAUGAAUGAAAGAGGACACUUGGCGGCAAAAUUCAAUAAUUCAAAAUUGACAAGAAUUGCACACAGAAAACCGCCCCCAAAAGGAGCAUCUGACUUGAAAUGUGCAGCAAGUAUGCAGGCAGCUACUGAUCAGAAAUAUGCUCUUUUAUUCUUUAUUACACCUUUUCAAAUGGGAAAUUUGAGCAAAAAAAGAGGCGGAAUUUUUAAAAAUGAUGAAAAUUUUCUUUUUUUUUACUGUUUCAUUGAAGAAUUAACCAUUUUACUUGAAUGCUUUUAA